AUGGAGGAUAUUUUCCAGUCAUUCCAGUGUCCCGACCACUAUCGGGUAUACUUGGCAGAGCACUACCUUUCAGGGGAUGCGAGGGUCUGGAGGAUGUCGGUGAUGUCACGGAGAGUGCAGCAUGCGAUGACUUGGAUGGACUUUGUAGGAGAGUUCAACGCUAAGUAUUUUCCGCAGGAGGCACUUGAUCGUAUUGAAGUGCGGUUCUUGGGAUUUACUCAGGGUAAUCGUACCGUGAGGGAGCUGGACGCAGAGUUCAAUUGGCUUGUGGGGUAUGUAGCUCGGGCAUUGGAGCCAGAGUCGGCUCAGGUGCAGAGGCUCUUGUUGGCUCUGCGUGAUGAUUUGAGGACUCGCCGAAGCGGACUCAGCCGCCUUCUGCUUUUUGGAAAGGGCGGUAAGCCUCCACAGGGGCAGAAGAGGAAGUUCGAUGCUAUGCAGAGGUUGGGGUCUAGUGGUGCAGGAUGCUUCGGGUGUGGAAGUUUGGAACACAGGGUGGCGAGUUGUCCACAGAGGGGCAACCAGCCUGCAUCACCGAUGACUCGAGUGUGUUACCACUGUAGAGAGGCGGGGCAUCUCAGAUCGUCGUUUCCUAAGCUACAUCUGAUGGUUGUGGCCGGUAGUGCAAACAAGAGUGCAGCAGGUGGGACAGCCAGUGUUGCCUUUGCCAGUGGCACUACGUGCGUACACGAUAGUGGAGACAGGAGGAACCAGUGGUACUUAGUGCAUAAAGUUUAUGUAGGUACCUUAUUGGUGGGAGAUUUUCCAUCUCAUGUGUUGUUCGACUCUGGAGCUACUCAUUGCUUCAUUACCCCGGAGUGUGCCAAGAAGGAGAAAAUUCAUGGUGAUACCGAAGAGCGGCUCCUGACCAUUAAGGUUGCUGGAGGCGGGAUUAUCCAGGUCUAUGGACGGGCUAGAGAUGUAGAUAUACAGGUGGCUGGAGAGUCGAUGCCGACAGAUAUGGUUAUCAGUCCAGUGGAGCUGAGUGAGACCGACCUCAAAGACUGUGGUUAUCUCAGCUGUCCAGGCAGAGAAGAUGAUCAGGAAGGUUCGGGAGGCAUAUUUAGCUACAAUAUCGAUGUUGGAGUCUGUAGGGGUUACCACCAUCUCGGUCUGAUCCCUUACAAGAUGGCUCUAGCAGAGAUGACAAAGCUGAAGAAGCAGUUAGAGGAUUUGUUGGGCAAGGAUUUCAUUCGUCCUAGUACUUCACCGUGGGGGGCGCCGGUGUUGUUUGUUAAGAAGAAAGAUGGAAGUUACCACCAGAUUCUGAUAGAUGAGCUGGACGUCAGGAAGACAGCAAUCAGGACGAGGUAUGGGCACUAUGAGUUUGUGGUGAUGCCCUCUGGUUUGACCAAUACAUCAGCUGAGUUUAUGAAGUUGAUGAAUAGCGUAUUCUUGGAGUUUCUAGAUGAGUUUUUCAUCAUCUUCAUCGAUGACAUCCUGGUGUAUUCCAAGAGGUACUACAGGAAAUUUGUGCGGAGUUUUGCGAGUAUGGCACAGCCGAUGACUAAGCUGACAGGAAAGGAUGAGAGUGAUGAGGGGCUGGUGAACGUCUCUAAGGUUGAGGGUUCAGAGUAUCAGGUCUCUGCUAAUGGGACUAUCUUGGUGCAUGGUCGACUAAUGAAGGCUGAGCAUCAGGUGCCGGGAGGCCUGUUACAGAGUUUACACAUUCCAGAGUGGAAGUGGGACUUGAUCACGAUAGAUUUCGUUGUUGGGUUGCCUGUGUCACGGACUAUGGAUGCCAUCUGGGUCAUUGUGGAUCGUCUGACCAAGUCUGCACAUUUUCUGGCCAUUAAGAAGAUUGAUGGAGCGGCAGUCUAG